UUUCCACUGCUCCAGAGUCCAAUGGCGGCGAGCUUUGCACCACUCCAACCCACUCUUGGCAUUGUGCAUGGUGAUUUUAGGCUUUUGUGCGGCUGCUCGGUCACGGAAACCCAUUUCAUGAAGCUCCCUACGAACAGUUCUUGUGCUGACGUUGCUUCCAGAGAGAGUUUGGAACUCGGUAGUGAGUACUGCAACCGAGAACAGACAAUUUUUACAUGCUACGCGCUUCAGCACUCUGCGGUUCUGUUCUGUGAGCUUGUGGCCUACCACUUUGCGGCUGAGCCGUUGUUGCUCCUAGACGUUUCCACUUCACAAUUACAUUUUACAUUUACAUUUUAGUCAUUUAGUCACUUAUCACUUAUUUUAGUCACUUAUCCAGAGCGACUUACAGUAGAGUGCAUACAUUUUAUUACAUUUUACAUACUGAGACAAGGAUAUCCCUACCGGCCAAACCCUCCCUAACCCGGACGACGCUAUGCCAAUUGUGCUUCGCCCCACGGACCUCCCGGUUGCGGCCGGCUGCGACAGAGCCUGGGCGCGAACCCAGAGACUCUUGUGGCGCAGCUAGCACUGCGAUGCAGUGCCCUAGACCACUGCGCCACCCGCCACAACAGCACAUACAGUUGACCGGGCAGCGCCAGCAGGGCAUACAUUUUACGAACUGACUUGUUGGAAAGGUGGCAUCCAGUGGAGGCUGCUGAGGGGAUGACGGCUCAUAAUAAUGGCUGGAAUGGAAUCAAACACAUGGAAACCAAAUGUUUGUCUAUGGAGAUUGUAUGGCUGUGUGCUCGAUUUUAUACACCUGUUAGCAACGGGUGUGGCUGAAAUAGCUGAAUCUACUAAUUUGAAGGGGUGUCCACAUACUUUUGUAUAUAUAGUGUAUGAUAAACAGAGUAACAGUAGCGUAUAUGAUGAUUGUAUGUGAGUAGUCAGUAGAAAUGUAUGUGCGAGCAAAUUAUGGUGUUAGUGUGUUGGAGUAUCCAUGUGCGUAGUUUGUAGGGCCCUGUGAGUGUGCAUAGAGACUAUGCAAACAAGAAUAAAAUAGAAAAAAUGUAGGGCUUCUGUGAGUGCAUGGGCAGCGCCAUUGUGGCCAUCUCCAUUUUGAAGUAGUCCAUUUUCUUCUUACUACUUCUAUGAGUUGGUUAACAAACAAAAUUGUGCUUACUGCCACCUGGAAUGUAUUGUUUGAAAAAGUAUCACUGUUGGUGAUUUACUGCUACUUGCAGUUCUGGAAUGUUUGCUCACAAGUAUAAUUCAUUGGCUGAUCCCUCCUGCUGACCUGGAUGGAAUUAUGUGAUCAUUCCUUAACCCAUAGGAAGUCUCACUCGGUUGACUUACUUCAAAAUGGGGAAAGUCCUCAAUGACGUUGCUCAUGCAUAAAUUAUAUUUUGGGCACUAGAGUCCUCUAUACAUCUCUAUGGGGACGACACAAACCUUGGACUCCGCCUGUGGUUGUUAGGUCAGAGGUGGUAGAGAAAGGAAGAUAAUUCCUCCAUUAUCUCUGGUUAGGACAUCGCCGCUAUGCAGAAACUGUUCAAAAUACCUGAAACCGAUUGUGAUAUUUGAUUGUUUUAAUAAAUUAAUGUAUUAAUAUCACGUUAUUCAUAAAUCAACAACAUUUCGACACCUGUUAAAAGUUUGUCGCUGAAUUUGUUUCUUGAAGGUUUUGUUUAUAUGCGCGUUGCGUGGUCUACAUCCGUAAACAAGGAAACUGCACCUCCCCCUAGUUGACGUAGAGUGCGGAAGCAAAUUCAGAACUCAAGCCUGAAGAGGCAUAGGCAAAGAAUAUACUUUUACCGGUCUCACUUGAAGGAAGUAUGGCGACAGGGGGGACCUUCUCUUCCAGUGGGGAGGGCUUCCUCUCAAGAAUGGCCCUCAAUGACAACAAGGCUGGAAUGGAGGGCCUUAACAGGGACAAGAUAAACAAGAUCAUCAUGGAUUCCUCCAAGGGCUCCAGGUUCUAUGAGAACGAGCUGAAGAAGGAACAGCAGGUGAACCAGCGCAUUGAGAGGAUGAUGUUGCAGAAAGCACACAUCACUGAGCAACAGCUGACCAAAGCGCAAGCACAGGUGGAGAAGAUUACCUCUGACCUGGAGAGGGGUCGUGACCUGAGCCGUGUGAUCGUGCAUGUGGAUAUGGAUGCCUUCUUUGCUGCGGUGGAGACGAGAGACUGUCCUGACCUGAUGGACAAACCCAUGGCCGUGGGUUCCAUGAGCAUGUUGUCGACAUCCAACUACCAUGCCAGGAAGUUUGGGGUUCGUGCCGCCAUGCCUGGCUUCAUCGCAAAGAAGCUCUGCCCAAACCUGGUUAUUGUUCCAACCAACUUUGACAAAUACAGAGCAGUGAGCGCUGAAGUCCGGGAGGUCUUUGCAGACUAUGACCCUCACUUCCUGCCCAUGAGUCUCGACGAAGCAUACCUGGACAUCAGUGACCACCUUGAGCAGAGGAGAGGCUGGCCAGAGGCCCUCCGUACCCACCGUCUCCACAUCAACAACACUGGGACAGCUAGAGUCGAUGACCAUGGUGAUCUACAAGAGACAGUAGAGGUAGAAGGUUUGUCUCCUGUCCUGUUUGAGAACAGCCCCAGCUCCUCCCCCUGUCUGCAGGAUGCUGCUGGGGGAGAGGUGGAAGUGUUUGGGACCUGUGCCGAGGAGGCGGUAAGAGAGAUGCGCUUCCGCAUCGAGCAGAAGACCUCACUAACUGCCAGCGCAGGCAUUGCCCCAAACAUGAUGUUGGCCAAGGUGUGUAGUGAUAAGAACAAACCCAACGGCCAGUACAGACUCCCCUCUAACCGACAGGCUGUCAUAGACUUCAUACAAGACCUGCCAGUCCGGAAGGUCCCAGGCAUUGGGAAGGUGACAGAGAAGAUGCUGGGAGCUCUAGGUAUCACCAGCUGUUCCCAUCUUGGCCAGGAGAUGACGCUGCUGACCCUGCUGUUCUCUGAGACGUCUUGGCAUCACUUCCUCCACAUCUCCAUGGGCCUGGGCUCCACACUUAUCGAGAGGGACGGAGAGAGAAAAAGCAUGAGUACAGAGAGGACUUUUGGAGAGAUGAGUGCAUUAGAGGAGCAGUUCUCUCUGUGCAGGGAGCUGUGCCAAGACCUGGCUCAGGACCUGCAGAAGGAGGCGCUCAAGGGCAAGACGGUGACGUUGAAGCUGAAAAAUGUCAACUUUGAGGUGAAAACCAGAGCGUGGACGUUGCCGUGUGCUGUUGCUACGACGGAAGAGCUCUUUGCUGUCGCUAAGGACUUGCUGAAGACUGAGAUCGACAACGUCAGCCCCCAGCCACUGAGACUGAGGCUUAUGGGCGUUCGGGUUUCCAGUUUUGCCAGCGCUGACGACAAGAAACCCCUGCAGAAAAGCAUUGUGGGAUUUCUCCAUAAAAAACAGACUGACUCUAGUAGCACCUCCCAGAUCUCCUUCCAGAAGCCUGUGAAAGAGCAUCCACCUAAGCCUCCAGGCCAGACCCAGCCCUCUGCCUGCCCUUCCCUGGUACAGCAGAGACAGGGGCAGGAGGGUCACGCCUGGGUACCUAGCCGGGGAGGGGUGGAGGUAGGCAGGACUGGGGAGAAGCAGCAGUCCUUCUUGCAGAGAGCUCACGCCCAGAGGCUGCGGCUGCAAGCUGAGAGAGAGGACCCACCAGAGAAGGGAGAUUGGAAUGGCUUCGAGACCAGAUGGGGCUCAGCCUCAUCGACCACCAACCCCAAAGGGACACAGACACACACUCCGAAGAAUACAAAUAUAUCAGCAGAGACACACAUCUCUAGGAGUGCAUUGACAGCUUCGGACAAAAUGACACAUGAACUUACAGCUCAUGCAUCUACUUCAUCAUGCUGUUCAACAGAGCCAAGGACAGACAGUCUGACCUGCCCUGUAUGCUUCAGGGAGGUGAACACCACAGAGCUGACAGUCUUCAACAGACACAUUGACCAGUGUCUCAGUGGGGUUACUAUGGGGCAAAACAACCACACAGACACAGAACUAGAGAGAGGCCCCAGUGUCUGUGAGGAGGAGGUGGAGAAAGAGAUAACUGGAGGGAAGAGGGAGGAGGGGGCGAUGGAGAAAGGUAGGGAGCUGCUCAGUAGGUGCAUGUUCGACUCAGUGGGCCUUCAAUUAGACUCAAGUGCAGGUGAUCAUACAGAGUCCACUACAGGUUUACUUCUAUAUGAGACUAGUACAGCUAAUAUUUCACUAAGCACUGUGGGCCUGAACCCUGUCUGCCUUAACACUUGUCCAAAUGGAGAUGUAUCUAUACAUGGAGGUACAGACCCUAACACCCUGAAGGUUUCAUCUCAAAGUGACCCUCAUGUUCGGGUUUGUCUGUUGUCCCCCGGUGGCCCUCGGCCAAUGACUACGCCCAAGCCUGAGUCACGUGACCACAGAGGCCCCGCCCUCACCUGUCCAGUGUGUCAGGAGACCCAGGACACCAAUGACCUCACCCUUUUUAACCGACACGUUGACCUCUGUCUGAACCAGGAAGUCCUGCAUGAGCUUGGAGGACUGACAUCUGUGGACCGCACCACCCACACUGCACCACCUGCUGCCCACAAAGAGAGAGAGCAGCCCCUGCAGAGAGCGCCGCAGAAAGGCAAGAGCAAAAGGAGAGGCUUGUCUCCCCCACCCCCCUCUAAGAAGGCCAAAGCCCUGGGCCCAGCUUGGAACACCAUUGACAAGUUCUUCAGGUGAAUGGAGUGCUGGUGACCUUACUAGCAACCAUCCCUACCUACCUAGUACUUCUUGGAUUGCUGGGAAUUUGGAUUGCUUACUCAAGCAUUGAAGAUGCACUACUUUCAAAAUAAAUACAUUUUUCUCUUGUGCAGUUUUUUUCAAGUCAUAAUGGUCAUUAGUUAGCAAGCAGAACUUUUGCAGGGGUGUUAGUGAAGGUAGUUGAUGCAAACUAACCACGUGCAAAAUGCACACAUUAAAAAUAACCUCUGAUCUACAUCUUGCCAGCUACUAUUUUGUAUUUAUUCAAGCGGAUAAGGUAGUGACAUAGUUCCUCUAUGCCAAACUGACAUUCUAUUAUGUACAGAGGUGUUAAGCCGACCAUUGAAACCACAGGCGGCUGGUGGCACCUUAAUUGGGGUGGAUGAGCUCAUAGUAAUCGCUGGAAGAGAAUCAAUGGAAUGGUGGUCAAACACAUGGUUUUCAUGUAUUUGAUACUAUUCCAUUUACGCCAUUCCAGCCAUUAUUAUGAGCUGUCCUCCUGUGAAACGUUGUAGGAGGCAACCCUGGUGUCUAUAGUGACUACUACCUUCUGCUGAAGGAGUGAACUCUGUGUUUUUGCAUCUUGUGUUGCACCGUUUUAAAUGUAAUGAAUAAUAAGCAUCAAUAGAGUUGAUCCUCAGUCUUUUAAACACGUGUAUGUGGAGAAGAGGGUUGUGAAUAGAAUACCAGUAUGAGAUGGUGUAUUUUUGCAUAAGAUAACUUAAAUAUAGGCUAUAUUAUUGUAUUCAAAUUUCAUAUGCUAUUUUUCUUAUGGAAAAUAAAACUUGCCACCACUGUAAAUGUGGCUCAAUUAA